AUGGCUCAGCAAACAAGUCCAGGCACUUUGUCUAUUCCUGAAGUGGAUAAUACACAUUGUCAAAAUCCAUGGUUAAAUGAAGAUCUUGUGAAGACCCUGAGGGAAAACCUGUUGCAGCAUGAAAAGUCCAGGACAUCUAGGAAAUCUUCAUCUGCUUCUCCCCGGCUGUCUCCAGUUAUUUCACCCCGAAACUCUCCAAGGCUUUUGCGCAGGAUGCUUUUAAAUAGCAACAUACCAAAACAACGGCGUUUCACUGUGGCACAUACCUGUUUUGAUGUGGACAAUGGUACGUCAUCGGGACGAAGUCCCUUGGACCCCAUGACAAGCCCUGGAUCAGGGCUGAUUCUUCAGGCAAAUUUUGUCCACAGUCAACGUAGGGAAUCUUUCCUUUACCGGUCAGAUAGUGACUAUGACCUUUCUCCAAAGUCCAUGUCCAGGAACUCCUCUAUUGCCAGUGAUAUACAUGGAGAUGACUUGAUUGUGACACCAUUUGCUCAGGUGCUGGCCAGCCUACGUACUGUGCGGAAUAACUUUGCUGCAUUAACCAACUUACAAGAUCGGGCACCCAGCAAACGUUCACCAAUGUGCAACCAACCAUCUAUUAACAAAGCAGCUAUAACAGAAUCAAACAUGCCCGAGGCAAACUAUUUACUCUCAGUUUCGUGGGGCUACAUAAAGUUCAAAAGAAUGCUCAACCGGGAGCUAACCCACCUAUCUGAAAUGAGCAGGUCAGGCAAUCAGGUCUCGGAAUAUAUAUCAAACACAUUCUUAGACAAACAACAUGAAGUUGAAAUCCCUUCUCCAACACAGAAAGAGAAAGAGAAAAAGAAGAGGCCAAUGUCCCAGAUCAGUGGAGUCAAAAAACUGACGCACAGCUCUAGCCUAACUAAUUCCAGUAUUCCCAGAUUUGGAGUUAAAACAGACCAAGAAGAUGUUCUUGCCAAGGAACUAGAGGAUGUGAACAAAUGGGGCCUUCAGGUUUUCAGAGUAGCAGAGUUAUCUGGAAACAGACCACUGACAGUCAUCAUGCACACUAUUUUUCAGGAACGGGACCUGUUAAAAACAUUUAAGAUUCCAGUAGACACUUUAAUAACUUACUUGAUGACCCUAGAAGACCAUUACCAUGCAGACGUGGCAUAUCACAAUAACAUACAUGCUGCAGAUGUUGUUCAGUCAACCCAUGUCCUGCUGUCAACCCCGGCAUUAGAGGCAGUGUUCACUGAUUUGGAGAUUCUUGCAGCAAUUUUUGCCAGUGCAAUACAUGAUGUAGAUCAUCCUGGAGUUUCAAACCAGUUUCUUAUCAACACAAAUUCUGAACUCGCCUUGAUGUACAAUGACUCAUCAGUACUGGAGAAUCAUCAUUUAGCUGUGGGCUUCAAGCUGCUACAGGAAGAAAAUUGUGACAUUUUCCAGAAUUUGACCAAAAAACAGAGGCAGUCAUUGAGGAAAAUGGUCAUUGACAUUGUACUUGCAACUGACAUGUCUAAGCAUAUGAAUCUGUUGGCUGAUUUAAAAACUAUGGUUGAAACCAAAAAAGUGACCAGUUCUGGUGUCCUGCUUCUUGACAACUAUUCAGACAGGAUCCAGGUUCUUCAGAAUAUGGUGCACUGUGCAGACCUAAGCAAUCCAACCAAGCCUCUCAAUCUCUACCGCCAAUGGACAGACAGAAUAAUGGAGGAAUUCUUCUGUCAGGGAGAUCGGGAAAGAGAGAGAGGAAUGGAGAUAAGUCCCAUGUGUGACAGGCACAAUGCAUCUGUAGAAAAAUCACAGGUGGGUUUUAUAGAAUACAUUGUUCAUCCUCUGUGGGAGACAUGGGCAGAUCUUGUUCACCCAGAUGCCCAGGAUAUCUUAGAUACACUGGAGGACAAUCGAGAGUGGUACCAGAGCACAAUCCCUCAAAGUCCCUCUCCUGCACCUGAUGACCAGGAAGAGGGUAGGCAGGGCCAAACUGAAAAAUUCCAGUUUGAACUAACACUGGAGGAGGAUGGUGAGUCAGACACUGAAAAGGACAGUGGAAGUCAAGUAGAAGAAGACACCAGCUGCAGUGACUCCAAGACUCUUUGCACCCAGGAUUCAGAAUCCACUGAAAUUCCUCUUGAUGAGCAAGUAGGGGAAGAAGUAGAAGACGAGGAGAACCAGACAGAACCUUGUGUAGUAGAAGACCAUACUCCUGACACAUAA